AAGUAACAAUCCGAAAUUGCCUUGGUACAAAUUACCUUGCCACCGCUUUUCACUUUCGUUUUGCAUUCAAUUAACAUGGGAGGUGUGGACAUCGUUAGCCUUGCUUACUCUGUGACAGUGGCGGCCGGGGGACUGAUGGGAUAUGUCAAAGCAGGAAGUGUCCCCUCCCUGAUGGCUGGCCUGGCGUUUGGGAGUCUGAUGGGAUAUGGUACAUACCAGACCUCUAUGGACCCGCAAAAUGUCCACCUAUCACUAGUGACCAGUGGGGUGCUGACCGGGGUCAUGGGGUAUAGGUUUGUCAACUCCGGGAAGUUCAUGCCAGCUGGACUAGUGGCUACACUCAGUGUGUUAAUGGUUGCCAGAUUUGGAUACAGACUUGCCAUGAAAAAUUAACUUCAUCAUUCAUUUGACAGAUCAUCACACAUUGACUGUAUACUUUACAAAUGUACAUGCAUGCAUGGAAAAUUUGUUUUUAAUUGUUUAAUUAUUUGAGAGUACUUAAUAAAACAUGUUUCUUUUUUGCACA